GUUUUGUGGAAGUAUACUACUUUGUCAUUAUGAGAUGUCGUCUCUCGGCACCUCCUUUGUGCAAAUUAAAUUUGAUGACUUGCAGUUUUUUGAAAACUGCGGUGGAGGAAGUUUUGGGAGUGUUUAUCGAGCCAAAUGGAUAUCACAGGACAAGGAGGUGGCUGUAAAGAAGCUACUGAAGAUAGAGAAAGAGGCAGAAAUACUCAGUGUCUUGAGUCACAGAAACAUCAUCCAGUUUUAUGGAGUAAUUCUUGAACCUCCCAACUAUGGUAUCGUCACAGAAUAUGCUUCUCUGGGAUCACUCUAUGACUACAUCAACAGUAACAGGAGUGAGGAGAUGGAUAUGGAUCACAUUAUGACUUGGGCCACGGAUGUAGCCAAAGGAAUGCACUAUUUACAUAUGGAGGCUCCUGUCAAGGUGAUUCACAGAGAUCUCAAGUCCAGAAAUGUUGUUAUAGCAGCUGACGGAGUAUUGAAGAUCUGUGACUUUGGUGCUUCUCGGUUCCAUAACCAUACAACACACAUGUCACUGGUUGGAACUUUCCCGUGGAUGGCUCCCGAAGUUAUCCAGAGUCUCCCUGUCUCUGAAACUUGUGACACAUAUUCCUACGGUGUGGUUCUCUGGGAGAUGCUAACAAGGGAGGUCCCCUUUAAAGGUUUGGAAGGAUUACAAGUAGCUUGGCUUGUAGUGGAAAAAAACGAGAGACUAACCAUUCCAAGCAGUUGCCCCAGAAGUUUUGCUGAACUGUUACAUCAGUGUUGGGAAGCUGAUGCCAAGAAACGACCAUCAUUCAAGCAAAUCAUUUCAAUUCUGGACUCCAUGUCAAAUGAUGCAAGCCUUCCUGACCAGUGUAACUCAUUCCUGCACAACAAGGCAGAGUGGAGGUGCGAAAUUGAGGCAACCCUUGAGCGGCUAAAGAAGCUAGAGCGUGAUCUCAGCUUUAAAGAGCAAGAGCUCAAAGAACGGGAAAGACGGCUAAAGAUGUGGGAGCAGAAGCUGACGGAACAGUCCAACACCCCGCUUCUCUUGCCUCUUGCUGCAAGAAUGUCUGAGGAGUCUUACUUUGAAUCUAAGACAGAGGAGUCAAACAGUGCAGAGAUGUCAUGUCAGAUCACAGCAGCAAGUAACGGGGAGGGACAUGGCAUGAACCCAGGUCUGCAGGCCAUGAUGCUGAUGGGCUUUGGGGAUAUCUUCUCAAUGAACAAAGCAGGAGCGGUGCUGCAUGCUGGGAUGCAGAUAAACAUGCAAGCCAAGCAGAAUUCUUCCAAAACCACAUCUAAGAGAAGGGGAAGGAAAGUCAACAUGGCCCUGGGGUUCAGUGAUUUUGACUUGUCAGAAGGUGAUGAUGAUGAUGAUGAUGGUGAGGAGGAGAAUGACCUGGAUAAUAAUAGUGAAUGAAAGCAGAAAGAAAACUAAGAAAAUUGGAAAUGUUCAGAAAAAAUAAAAGUAUGUGCUAUCUCAGUCUGUACAAAAACAGUUAAGGAGGCAGAAAACCAAGCACUGCAUUUUUAGGUCAGUUAUAUUUACAGGACAGUAAUUCACUUUUUACUUAUUUUUGCUUACAGAAAAGGAGGGGGAUUAAGCCAAAGGUAUAUUUAUGAAUCAGCAAAUGUGGUGCCUGAUUAUAGAAAUUUAUGCUUCUGUACAAUAUAGUAAUGUAAUGAUAUUCUGGCUUUUUCUUCUUAAUGAAUAUUUUAUAAUUUGUAUUUGACUUUAUUUUAUUACCUUUAUUCAGCUCGUUAAGAAAACUUACAUUUUGAACAAGCACCUUUUACUCCUAAUUCUUCUUUGACACUUGGUUCUUCUGUAAGGCACUAUAUUUUUUUCUCAAGACAAUAUAAUGUCAGAAAUGAUUGAUAGUGACUACAAAAUCCAGCUACAAGAAAAUGAGAUAAAGGGUUAUAACAAAAGGCUUCUUCAGAAAUAACCUAAGUGCCAAGAAUUUUUCCAUACUAAAUAGUACAGCUACCCAAAGUAAAACCCAGGAGGUGUUCUCAGUAAUACAUUUGAGGGAAGAAGACUCUGAUUUGAAGCCAACUGCAGAAGCCACAAGCUUGCAUUCCAGUGCUAUUCCUGGAAACUUCUUAACAACACCACACUGCAUCCGAGGCUUAACUUGUACUUUAUACACACACAUGCGCGCGCACAGUCUUAAAGGGAUGUCACCAGGUGUGCUUAUGCUGAGCAUUGGCCUGCUCUGCAUGCCCAGUAAGGCAUGCUACGUGCUUGUUUGUUUCUUUGUUUUCCAGAGGGGCAUAACAAUCCCGGAUUCUUAAUGUAUGUGUCCAUAUCUUAAGAAGGAAAUUAAAUAUUAUAAAAAGAAUAACAAAGACACAUUAUCCUCGCUGAGGCAAAAGCUCACUGUAAAGUGUCCUUUCUGUAUCAGAUCUAGCUUUCCAGAAUUGUCUUUUUUUAAUCCUGCUCCUGUAUGCUGGUGUUUUAGAAAAAUAGGUACAGGUGCUGCUCCGAAACCUUGGCCACUCAGAAUAUUUUCUAAGUACUAUCGCAUUUGUCAAAGCAUGUUUAACCUAUGAGACAUUUUAAAAUGGUAAUUAGGUAAGAAAGGCAAAAGAACAAAGGUCUUUUUAAAAAAUCUGAACUAGAAAGCAGUAUCAAUUUGACUCUUAAGCUAAAAUAAUUUUGGUGGCUCUUUAUAUGGACAUUUUAAGCAAGGAUACAGAUGUUCCUAAUACAUCUCUAAGUAUAUUUUACCAUGAAAAGUCUUGGAAUUUGAAAUACAGUUUGCUUCUAAUCCCUACUGAAAGCUGAAAAACACUAUCAAAUGAUCAAUAUGUCAUGAUAACUUUAUUUGGGGAGAAAUAACUGGUAGUAUGUUCUGAGUUCUGCUUUGCUGUUGUGGUCUUGGAAAAAUGCAAUCUCCAUGGGUCUGUUUGUUCAUCAUUAACUUGGGAAUAAUGAUAACCUACUUCAGAACACUGUCGUGAGAAUUACAAGAAAUAAUAUGAGAAGUGCUUAACACAGUACCAGGCCCAUGGUGAAUGGCCAGGUAAUGUCAGCUGCUAUUGUGCUAAUGAGAAGGCACAGACAAACAAGUAGUUUCCAUACCCUUCUGGAAAACUAAACUAUGAAUUUCAAGUGAUACUUGCUUAGUCCAAAAUGAAAUUAAAAGUGGAAAGCAUUCAAUAAAGAUGAAGAGACCAUUAUUAGAAUGUAAGCCGUACAAACAGAUGCAAUCCAGUUGCUCUUUGGAAAGUGUGAGCCCUGGCCAGGUGCAGCUGGUGUGGGGUGUUGCAGGCUGCCACCACCCACAGGUAGAGUAAACACAGAAGGAGCCCGCAAAGCUUUUCCCUAGAAAAUAGGUCCCCCUCACAGCUGCUCUGCUUUACUCCUCUGUCUGUGCACACAUAGACCCACAUGCAUGUGCACAUGCAUGGCCAGCUUGUGCUCAGACAGAGGUACUUCCUGACUUCAGCCAGCCACUCAGGCAGAAAAGUGAUGGAGAGAAGCAGAUGGGGGAUGACUUCCACUCCCUACUUCCCAGGAGGUCCUGACCAGGGGCCCCGAUGAAGAGAGCAGAAGGCAUGGGGCUCUAAAUCCUCUUACGCAUCUUCAGGCAAAAGCUGGCGUCAUUUGUUCAGCUGAUACUCUUGGAGGCUCCUCUCUGUGCCUGUACUGUUCUAAGAGCAGCUAGAUGAAAACCUUUGGGCUUGUGGUGCUUACACACUAGAGCUUACGUGUUAGUGAGAGGAGUUCGACAAUCAACACAGCGCCUCAUUGUAAUAUGUUAGCGUCCACUAAGUGCAUGUGAAGCAGAGACGGACGAUGAGGCCAGAGCGGGGUGUGGAGGUUUUUAGUGUGGCCAAGGAAGGACCCACUGAUGGUCACAUGAGCAAAACUGAGGAGGGUGAGGGGAUCUCAGCGUGGCAGGAUCUUCAUGGGUUAUGUCAAUAUAAUCCUCGCCUUUCACUUGAGAGUAGUCAGGCACAGGUUUAGAACAUUUAACCAGAAUGAAACUGAUGCCUUGAUAUUUACAUAUAAACCCAUAUGGUUACGUAUAGUUUGGGUGCAUUAAAAGUAACGAAAUAGGGCCAAAAGAGAAAAGUUACAGGACUCUAUACCAAGACCCAGGUGCACCAUUACUGAGGUAAGAUUUCCCUCAUCUUUUAGUUGCUACUGUUUUCCUCACCAAUAUUCAGAAAAUGUUCAUGGCUCAACAUUCUGCCAUCUAGAAACCACAAGGAUUUAGGGUAGAACAGAGUUGUCCCCAGAGAGGAGCUUGUGGUUUUCCUCUACCUGGAAUUAUGUUUGGCAUUGGCUGCUUUACCUUCUGUUCCAAAUCAUUGUCCUUCUAGUGGUUUGCAAAACAUGAAAACAUCCCUGAACUCCAAAUUGCACAAUUUUAUAUUCUCACUCUAUCUGUGAAGAUUAUUUAGAAGACUUUAGAGUCUAUUAAUUUUAUUGAUUUUAUUUUUUUAAUGCCUGCCAAUUUUUAAAUGUUUAUUAAUUAAAAAUGUCCACUAUAUGCACAAUUUCUAGAGAUGAUGUUAAUUGUACAGUUUAUAAUUCACUUUACACAUUAAUUUUUCAAAUGGCAAAAUAUCAGUGUUAGAUUUAGUUCUGAUUUCUUGACUUACAAGAAUGUACAUUUCAAAAGAGAAGAGUUAAAGAAACACUUAGAAAUGUGAAGAUUCAAAAUGAAGAUUGAAAUGCCAAAUUAUGGUAAUAAUUAUGAGAGUCAUACAUUUGAAACUCCUUUUUUUUCCUUUGUGCAGAAAGUUGAAUGUGUAAAGUUUGAUACGACCCUACCAGGGCUUCUCACCUGGCAUAGUGCCAUCACCUAAUGGCAUUUGUGGGUGCUGGGGCACAUUUUCAGUUAUCACAGUGAAUGGGGCAGCGUUUAGUGCCCACUGCCAAGAC